UUCCUGGAGCUGUUCCUGCAGCCGGCAGUUAAGCACUACAUGGUUGGACACAGCGUCACUUACUACGUCUUCACCGACCAGCUGGUUGCUGUGUCCCGUGUGCCAAUCUGGGAGGGCUGCAGGGUGGUGGUCGUCGAAGUCCGUGGCGUCCUUCACUGGCAGGAUGUGUCCGUGCGGCACAUAGCGAUGCUCAGCCGCUUCUGCGAGCAGCGCUUCAUCUGUGACAUGGAAGACCUGGUGUUCGUGGACGUGGAUUUGAGAAUGAAGUUCUGGGACCAUGUGGGCAUGGAGAUCUUGUCCCCCCUCUGUGGCACCCCACACCCCGGUUUCUACUGGGCAGCCACUGAGGACAUUAGC